AUGAUACAAACAAAUAUUAUAACAAUCUUUAGAAAUGUAUAUUUAAAACAAUUGAUAUUUAAUAAAGUAAAAGAGAUAUCAAAUCAAAUAGCAACGAAUAUACAACACAAUAAAUGGGUCAACAACAAAAGACUAGUAAAUAGAUCAAAAAGUGGAAAAGAGAUUAGUAGUAAUAAUAGUAGAUUACUUUGUAUGAUCACAAACUAUGCAAUGUCAUGGGACUUUAUCAAACAUUAUCUACCACCAAGAGACAGUGUAUUGUUGGAUAGAAGGGUACAAGCAAUCACACAAUACUGUACACAUCCAAAUGCAUCACUGUCAACACUAUUACAUCUAUUGGAAUGGUCACCAGACUAUGACCCUUCUUUUAUCACGACCAAGAUGAAAUGCAUCUUUCGUACAAGUCUAUCCAAUAUGAUUGCAAGUGUUGGUCAUACAGAUAUACUUGAUCACCUUUUAAAAAGAUACCCAAACAAGAUUGAUUUACAACAUGUCAUUGAUGUGGCAGCUGAAAAUGGUCAUCUUUCUAUUAUUGAAUUGUUUCUUCAUUACAAUAGAACUGAAGGAUGUACAAAAUUAGCAUUAAAAGGUGCUGCAAGAUUUGGUCAUUUUGAAAUUGUUAAAUUUUUACAUUUUAAUAGAACAGAAGGAUGUGAUCAAGAAACAAUGGAUCAAGCAUCAUCAAAUGGUUAUUUUGAAAUUGUAAAGUUUUUAAAUUUAAAUAGAACAGAAGGAUGUACAACAGAUGCAAUUGAUAAAGCAUCAAUUAAUGGAAAUUAUAAUAUAGUUGAAUGGUUAUAUUUUAAUCGUACAGAAGGGUUCUCACAAUAUGCAAUCAAUUUUGCAAAUAGUUUAGAGAUAUUAUCAUUUCUACAACGCAACUCGACACACCAUAGUAGUAGUACUACAGAAGCAAUGGAAAUUUCAGCAUUAAAUGGUAGAUUAGAUAUGGUACAAUUUCAUCAUAAAUAUUUAUCAACAAUGGAAAAUAUAAACUAUAGCAAGGCAAUCGAUUAUGCAUCAUCAAAUGGACAUUUGGAUAUUAUAAAAUAUUUAUUUAAUAAUAAUAAUAGAAAUAUUUCAUGUACAGAGAUGGCAAUUGAUGAUGCCAUUUUUUAUAAUCAUUCAUUGGAUAUUAUAUCAUACCUAGUUGAACAAUUAAAGGCAAAAUGUUCAUCACAUGCAGUUGAUCGUGCUGCUGAAUUGGGUAGACUUGAUAUUAUCCAAUAUCUUGACAAACACUAUAAAGAGGAAACAUCUAUUUGGACAUUUGGUGCAAUGAAUUAUGCAGCUCAAUUUGGUCAUUUUGAAAUUGUUAAAUUUUUACAUUUUAAUCGUACAGAAGGUUGUACUGUUGAUGCAAUGGAUCAAGCCUCAUCAAAUGGUUUUUUAGAAAUUGUAAAGUUUUUAAAUUUAAAUAGAACAGAAGGAUGUACAAAUUAUGCUAUUAUUAAUGCCUCGAGAAAUGGAAAGGGUAAAGUGGUUGAGUAUUUAUAUGAAAAUGGCCAAUCUGGGGGAUGUACCAAUCAAGCCUUAUUUGUGGUAAAAGGAACACACAAAUAUUUGAGUGUUGUAAAAUACCUAUUUGCAAACAACAUUCUAGACAAUCAACACAUUACAAAUGAUGUCACCAGUUAUUAUUCGACCCGUGGCUAUUAUGAAAUUUUGGAUUUUGUAUUGUCUCUAUAG